CACACACACAUCACGCGCACCCCUUUCUCUCUCUCUCUCUCUCGCUCGCUGCGCUGAAACCAAACGGCACUGAAGAAAUCCGCUUCCCGUUUGGUGUUCUCUGCCUGUCUAUUUGGUUGUUUGCUUUCGAGCAGCCGAGAGGACUGUUUCAUUUUGCUCCUUUUUUAUCUCUUGGGGACUGUCAAUCUCGAUCCCGAAGCAAAGCUGCCUUCUUUUGGGUGUCGUUUUCUGUGGCCGGAUCAGAAGCUGUAAGAUAAGUACUGCGGAAGCCCGCACGGCCGCCCGCUUCCCACUCCCGCGCUCCCUUCCGCGGUGGGAUGCGAACAAAAGCGGUUCGUGCCAACAACCUCUCUCCGCCAUUAUCGCGCCCGACUCGGAGCUCUGGUUAUAUUUUGGUGGGACGAAUAAGGGAAAGUUGGGGGUUUGGGCCGAGCGGAACCGAAAAGAUCGGAUCUUGGCGUCUCUUUCUUCUUCUGCAGCGGUAAUAUUUGCUUUGGAAUGAAUAUCCCAAUUCCUGUCUUCAAUAUCUUCUGGCCCAACCAUGGAUGCUGAUCUUGAAUUGGAGGUGAUUUGCCCCCGUUGGCAAUAUGGCUUACACCCAACAUUUGCUGGCAAUUUGAUAACAAUUUGUCCUCUCUCAUGGAGAGUGACCAAUCAUGGGAAUCUCUGUCUGCUAGCUACUCUGGAAGCAAGGAUAUCGAGCGCAAACAUGUCUCUGAGGGUAACAAUCGAGUGACAGUAUCUAUGGUUUCCUUGGACAGCAUUCUUCCUGAUGACGUUUUAGAGAAAAUAUUCUCUUUUCUGCCCAUUGCAAGCGUCAUCAGGGCUGCAUCUGUGUGUAAAGUUUGGUAUCAUAUCAUCCACUCGAUGAGGUUUAUAUGGGCAAACAAGUUACCACAGAAGCCAUGGUACUUCAUGUUUACCUUUAAUGAGGCUGCAACAGGUUACGCAUAUGAUCCGGUUCUUCGGAAAUGGUAUAACAUUGAUCUCCCUUGUAUCGAGAAAAGUAAUUGGUUCGUUUCUUCUUCCAAUGGAUUAGUUUGCUUCAUGGACAAUGAUACUCGGAGCCGUAUUUUUGUUUGCAACCCAAUUAUAAGAGACUGGAAAAGGAUUUUGGAGCCUCCGGGUGUUGUUUUCCCUGAUUACAGUUCUCUUGCCAUCUCUGUAGAUAGAAGUUCUCACCGUUAUACGAUAGUUGUCAUCAAAUCUAAACAGGUGCCUGAUGAUUUUUCACAGUGGAACUUCUCCAUUCACACAUACAAUUCUGAGAGUGAGUCAUGGGAAUCUUCCAUAAAUACGGUUUUGUCUGGAUGGAGGGGAGGUGAUGAAAGUGUGAUCUGCAAUGGAGUACUAUAUUGUUUGAUUCAUUCUACCGGUGUUGUGGGAAAUGCUGACCUCCGACAUAGACUGAUGAUGUAUGAUAUCUCAGCCACAACACCACAUGUUUCGUCGAUGCAGGUGACCAUACCGGUACCCUGUUCCCUCACCUGCGGUCGGCUGAUCAACCUCAAAGAAAGACUAGUGAUGGUUGGUGGAAUUGCAAAGUAUGACAAGCCGGACAUCAUCAAAGGGAUUGGCAUUUGGGAACUUGAUGCAGGAGAGUGGGUAGAGGUUGCUCGUGUGCCUCACAGGUUCUUCCAGGGGUUUGGUGAGUUGGAUGAUGUCUUUGCGAGCAGCGGUACCGAGGACUUGAUCUUUAUACAGAGCUAUGGGGCUACAGCUUUGCUUGUUUUUGACAUGAGCCAGAAGCAGUGGAAAUGGUCUGCUAAGUGCCCUGUGACCAAACGAUUCCCUCUCCAGCUUUUUACCGGUUUCUGCUUUGAACCUCGGCUUGAAAUGGUCUCCUGAUCUCUGCUGUUCUCUAGUGUUGGAACCGAGUUACAGUUUGCUAAAGUGUCUUUAAAUUUUUGUAGGGUUUCAGGUGCUGGUUUCUUGGUACAGAAAAAUCAUGUGUCGUGUUAUUUGAGGUUUUCUCUUCUUUUUUUCCUUUAUCUUGAUCAUGUGAUGGCACAAAGUGACAUAUGGAAUGGCAAGUGUUUAAAACGACAGGUUCUCCUAUAAAAGAAAAAGGGUUCAAACAUUAUCAUCUUGAGCUUUCUUCUGGAUCUCAUGUUUGCUGGCUUUGUUAGUAAUCAGUAGCAGAAUUUGCCCUUAAUUCCCUUUCUGGAGUUCUUUUUACUUGUUUGUGCCCAUCUGCUUUGUCUUUGGUCUUCUUGUUGUUUCAGUGGUGAUAGGUGCAUUACCUUCAGGGCUUUUGUUUUAGGUCCCCAUUAAGUGAAAGCAUUCCUGUGUGGCUCUCAUUGCAGUAGCUAAAAUUGAACAUUGUCCCAGAAGAAUCAGGGUUGCAGACGUUUAAUCCAGUCUACAUCAUGCAUCAAAUUGUAGCUUUGUUCUUGUCUACAUUUCUAUCCUCCUUUACUGCUUUAUAUUUACUAGGCUGUACAAGGAACAUAGCUUUCUGCUUUAAUGUCUCAAAAUGUGCAGCUUAAAGUAAUGUUUCUGUUACACCUUGGAGGCUGCUUCAAGUUUGUGCCAUUAGCAUAUCUCUUCUAUAGAUUAGCAACUUUUCUGUCUUCACUGAACUUUAUUCGUCGUCUUCCAAUCGAUCGAUAUUUUUAUCAAACAUUGAUCGUAUACCGGAUGAAUGUCGAUACAUUUCAUGGUGAGUUAUGAAUGACUUGCACAGUCCAUUUGCAUAUGUUUCCAGUUGCAUGAUAAUUAGAUUGAUGGCAUCAGCUCUGCAUGCAACAUGGAAAAUCAAUGGCUCACAUGAUGACAAUGUUUGCAACAUGUCAUGUGGGGCUUGUGUAACUCUGUAAAGAUUCAAGGCCAUAGCAGGCUGACUCCUCUCCUGUUUAUUUUCUUGGAAGAUAUGUCAGCCAAGAUUCAAAUGGAUGAUGCCUUGUCUGACAUUGAUUUAUCCACCCUUGUGCAAUAGUUCUAAUUGCAAGAGAGCAGCUCAAGUUCCCUCUGACAUGAUUUGCAAUUUUCUGUAGGAAGGAACAGAGUACCCAUAAGUUAUCUGGCAGGUGUUCUUUCUUUUCCAAAUCCAUAUGAUGCAUGGUGGUGAGUUGCCCCAUGAAAGAUCAAAUGUUGAGAGCAGGCAAAUUAAAAGGACACUGUAGAUGUUUGAGGUGGAAAUAGGUUUUUUCUUCUCUGCUCUUCAUAUCUUCGGCCAACAAGAUCUGUCAUAGAUUUGGUAGGGAGGACAGUUAAAUAUGAAGAGCAACUACCAACUACUGAUCAAGGACACUGCAGGCAAAGAUCUGGUAGGGAAGACAGUGAAAUCUGAUGCCACAUCUGGCUUCUUGUGUGUCAAUUAUGAGUGGAGCCCAAGGCAACUACCAAUUACUGAUCAAUGGAUGUCAGCUGGUGGGUGAGACUGUAAGUCUCUUUCCAUUCAGCAUUCCACACGCUGUCCUUUUCCAUGUUUAAAGUAAAUUUCUUUCCUUUUCUUCCUUGCAUGGUGUACUGAGAUGAUGAAUGCACCAUUCAUCUGUGCAUGAAUCCAAACCAAGUUCAGAAAGAUGACUUCUUCUUGUGCAUAUGAACAAGAGCCAGACACAGAGCUGGGGACCAAUUGCAGCCCACUCAACAUUUGUCCUAGAUCUUUGGGUCAGGUUUGACAAACUUGAUCAACUACUGAAUGCACUUGAAAGGAGUUCCUUUUCGAAGGGGUAAGCAAGAAGAUGGAACAGAAGUGUUCCAGCCUCUUGGUCCAUAUACAGCAGCAGUGAAGAAAAGGAAUUCCUUACAUCUUCUUGAAGAGAACGAGCCGAAGAAUCCAUCCGACGCCUCUAAUCUGCCCCCAACGCGGAAAGAGAGGAUCGAAGCUUGAAGAGAACGAGCAGAAGAAUCCAUCCGACGCCUCUAAUCUGCCCCCACGAAUUUGCCUCAUCUGCGGGGAAAGAUGCCAUCUUGCAAUCAAAAUCAGAUCAAACAGAUCAGAAAAAGGGAGGAGAAGCGCAGGGAUAUGCACGUCGUUAGGAGGCCGACCGUCCACCGGAAUCCGGUGAACUCGAGGGAGCUGUAGCGCGAGGGAAAGAGGCCAAUGGGUUACGGGUUUUGUCUCGAGACCAGAAAUAUAAGCACUAGCUGUUGAACCGGGCAGCCCGAACCGACCUACCAAGGCGACGAACCCGGUUUGAUCCGAACAGUUUAAGGAAUUCGAUAAAACCCUCGAAUCACUAAAGCAAAAGCUCACCGUCAGAUUCCAAGAUAGCCCUCCGCAUCCUCCCAAAACACCCCAUUGCCUGAGGUCCUCUUCUUCGUUCCAACGAAGAUGCGUCUUGAGAUCUUAGCUCCACUUCAGUUGGAGCAUUUCGAUCUAAGAGCCAAAGUGCAAAAAAUCUUGAUUCUUAAGUGAAGUACAACUCAGUCGCAGAGGUUGGGGGAUUUUAAGCUGCCUCACAUCUUCAAUUAUCAACCCUACUUCACGAUCUUUAAACCAUGAGGUGAGACAGGAUAAUCUUGCGUCUCUUGUUAAUGAAGGACCUGCAGAAUGGAUGGACAAAAGUCACAAGAAACGCUUCAUUCUUCGGCCAAGAAUUCAAGAUUGGGCUGAUCAUAACUUGAAUUUUGUGCAUAAAGUCUUGAUGGUGGACACAACUGUGCCACUCUUGUUGCUGCCUUCUCUGUAAAUAAGUGAAUAUGUUAAAACUUUGUUCGUUCGUUUACGAACUUGGAUGAUCUAAGAUUAGUGUUUGAAAGAUUUUUAUUAGCUGAACUGAAUUUGUAACCUUGGAAUGUAAGGUAGAAGGUUGACAAAUCAUUUUGUCAAGAUAUGUGAAGCCCAUUUGCUUUA